UAAAGAGAUUCAUAUAUAGAAUUAGAAACCCCAACAGAAUUGUUAAGCUUCCAAAAAAAUAUACAGUAUAUAUCAAAAAAAUUUCUCGCAGAUUGAUGAUUAAGGUUUCAAUGGAAGAAUCUCAGGGCAUCAAUGGCGUCGAUGAUUCAUAUCGUCAUCUCCCAGUUCUCUACUUAACUUUUCUAUCGAUCUGGUCUCUCUCUGCUUGUUCUUGGACGGUUAACACUUUCAAAAAUCGACACUUUCAGACGAAUAGUUUACAAUGGACUCUUGCUUCAGUUCCAUUAAUCAAAGCCUUACAGCUCACUCUAUCUUUCCUCUUUUGGCAUUCAUGUUUUCACCAUCACAUUUGCUCUCUUUGGAUGUCUUUUGGUGUCUAUGUGACCGGUGUUCUGUUUCAGACAGCUUCGUUUGUGUCUUUUUUACUCAUCUCUCAUGGUUAUUGCAUCACUUGUGAACGGCUCUCAUUGACUGAACGUAGAACCACAGCUUCACUUGGUUGUGUCUUUUACUUGACUCUUGUUGGAUACAGAGCUUCUGUUCCUUAUUUUUCUGUGCUUCUGAUACUUAACUACAUUAUCUCAUUCUAUGUUAUUUUUCACCACAUCUCGCAAAACUUAUCGGUGUUACGAGAACAGCUGAGUUUCAUUGAGGAUGAGAAUGUUCAAGCUAUGCAUGACGCUGUGUAUGCUAAAUAUAUCAUGUUCAAAAAAUUCCAAGGAGCUAUGCAGAUUGUAGCCAUGGCAGAAACUGUGAUCUAUAUGAAUAUGGAUAACUCCUCGCAGAACUAUUGGCUCCGGCUGCUAAUUCGAGAAUGGGCUCAGUUCUGCAUUUUUCUCUAUAUUGGUUGGACUUUCAGGUCACAGGACAUGGCACCUCGCUUCUCAGUAAUGCCUACACUAAAACCCAAAGAGAAUACAAUGAUUCCUCCUAUUUAUAGCAUGGAAAUGGACGCAAAAUCAUUCAAAGAAUUCAGAAGUCAGGAAUGGAACAUCGGAGUGCCAAUGCCAUAUUCAAACUACGAAAAGCAAAAAGAUUCAGUUCUAGUGAUAAUUCAGCAUCCUCGAUAGCAUUCAGAGAAAAGCAAAAGAGACAAUGUUUCCUCUCUUAAUCUUCCUAAAAAGAGUGAAGGAUAACCAAAAAUGACUAGAAGUUUCUCUCUGAUGAUUAAGACAAGAUGCUUCCUCAGCAACUACCUUUCUCUCCGUCCUUUUACAGUUGUUAGUUUUGUUUCUCUCUUUUGGGUUUUGGGGGGGUUUCUUAUCUUAUAGAGAAAUAAAAGUCGAUUUUAUUGUAUAGAUGCAAAAGUUAGUCCUACUAUAAUAUGCUUUAAAUGAAAAUGUAAACACAAAUGUUCAUCUUUUUCUUCAGAAAAUGAAACAAAUGAAACACUUAGAGA